GCCUCGCCGGAGCCCACCGCCAAGGCAAGCCCCGGUCCCGGCCCCUUCCUAGCCCCCUGCCCUCCGCGUCACGCCGGCCGCUCUCCCUGCUCGCCUCAGCGAGCCCGCUCCUCUCCCCUGCGCUCUAGGCCCGGCCCGUCGCCUCCCGCCCUCCCCUCAGCCUGCUGCCGGCUUCCCGCGCCUUCUCCUCUCCUGCCCUCUCUGUCCCCAGCCUGUCCCCUCUGGCGGGCAGCCCCGGGGCCCGGCCCGCUGCUCUUACCUGACGCCCGCGGCAGAGGGGUGGAAGGAAGCGGCUCUUCCUCAGCACUGGGCAUUUGGGCCCUUCAGGUGGCCGCACUGACUACACAACCAUUUUCUGAGGGAGAGCAGACGUUCUUGCAGCGAGAUGUCGGGAGAUCAGCAUGUUGAUCGCUUUGCUCAAGAGAGUGGUGAGGAAGAUUGCAAUGACGUAGUUGAUGCAAAGCCAGACAGAAGUAGCAGAUUCUCACUUUUUGCAAAAAAAAAGAAGAAUGGAGAAGAAGAACAGCCAAAGUCCUCUCUCAGUAAUCAGUACCGAAUUGUUACACCCACAUUCCAGUAUAAUAUGGACUACAAGAAAGUUGGCAAAUGUAUUAUUAUAAACAACAAAAACUUUGAAGAUAAAACAGGAAUGGGUACGCGCAAUGGCACUGAUAAAGAUGCUGGAGAUCUAGCUAAGAGUUUUGAAAGCUUAGGUUUUGAUGUUUGCACAUACAAUGACCGAAGCCGUGAUGAUAUGGAAAAAUUACUGAAGCAAGCUGCAGAGGAGAAUCACAGUGAUGCUGCUUGUUUUGCCUGUAUCCUUCUAAGCCAUGGGGAAGAAGGCCUCAUCUAUGGCACUGAUGGACCCAUGGCUAUCAAGAGUUUGACUGCGCUAUUCAGAGGAGACAAGUGUAAAAGCCUUAUAGGCAAACCCAAAUUAUUUUUCAUUCAGGCAUGCAGAGGCUCUGAAUUUGAUGAAGGUAUACAAACUGACUCUGGACCUGCAAAUGACACUCUGGAAACAGAUGCCAAUCCGAGAUACAAAAUCCCAGUAGAAGCAGAUUUUCUGUUUGCAUAUUCCACAGUGCCAGGUUAUUACUCCUGGAGGAAUCCUGGAAGAGGCUCCUGGUUUGUGCAGUCUCUGUGUUCUGUGCUAAAUGAGCAUGGAAAACAACUUGAGAUCAUGCAGAUCCUCACACGGGUCAACUAUGUGGUUGCCACAAAUUUUGAAUCACAGUCUGAUGAUCCACGCUUCAGUGAGAAGAAACAGAUUCCCUGCGUGGUCUCUAUGCUUACUAAGGAACUUUACUUCUGAAAUAUAUUUUAAUGCAGCCAGUGAUGAAAGAUCAGGAUAUGGUUUCGGGUGGAGAUUUGAUUAUAAACUGGAGUAACACAUUUUUAAUAACAGAAAUGUAAUUACACUAGAUUUUUAUAUUGUAUAAGCUGGGGUAUCUGAUGGACAGACAAUAUGCAAGAUUUUAAAGAAGAAAUAAAUGCUGUGGGCCAACCCAACAGCUAAUACUAAUUACUGUAUCUUGAUUUCCCUUAGUGUGGCUGUCAUGAUUUAUGGCUACUGAAGAUGUUCUGAGAGUCAGCUACUUGACCCAUAAAAGUUUAUUCCAGAAAACAGAUUGUAAAUUAAGUACAAAAAAAUUAAAUCGUGAGACUCCAUCUUUUCUUUCACUGCUAGCUCAUAGAACUGUAACUUCCUUGGAAAUUUCCAAAGGCCAUCACAUUAUGGGUAUGUCCAGUGAUGAAACAGUUUGUAGCUAUUUAAAAGGGUGUUUCUUAGUCUAAUAUAUUAAUUUCCUUUUUAUGAACAUUAUUAGUGAAGACUAAUGGUUGGUCUGUGCUUAAUCUGGAAGUCAAUUUACUUAGUUAUCACUCUAGAAUAAGAUGGAUAAAUAAAAAAUCAAUACUUGUAUUUGAUUUACCUGAAUAGUAUGGAAAUGUAACAAAUAGAAAAAUCAAAAUGAAAACCUUUGUAAGAUUGGGAAACUGUAAUUGGAUGCUGCCUUAUUAAAGCGCCAUUGUAAAGAUUUUUGCCUUGCAAAUGACAAUUAACUGAUAGAACGGCCUGAAACAGUGGUAUUGCAGUUUUUCUGCUUGCAGAAAUAAAAAUGUCUGCUUGUUGAUUCAGAAGUUUUGAAUGAACAGAAAGUUAAUGCCAAGGCUUUGUUAUAAAACAUUAAAAUUUAGUGUUGAAAUGAUAGAAUUAUAUGUUCCAGUAACAAAUGUAUGUUUUGAUAUAGCUCCUAUUUGUGAGGAAUUUUGCCAAGACUGGAAAUACUUACUUGAAUCAGAAACCAGAAGUGCCUUUUUAGUUACUGUACAGUCUUGAUUUUGUAUUUUGGAGUUAAGUUGGUGAUGUUUAUAUUCCUACUUUUGUAUUCUUUUUAAAGUUGGUAGCUAGCUCAAAAAAGUAAGUUUAAUGAUUUGGUUAAACUUAUAAAUGAUUAGUUGUUCACCCUUUUCCCAAUUAAUGCACUUUAUUUUGAAAUCUUCUAAGAAAAUAAGUGCAUACUAUUAAAGCCAAGUUACUAAAUUAAGUUUAUUUUCUUAAAAAUACUGUGGCAUAAUGAGGCAUAUGUUUUUUCAUAAGUCAAAUUGACAGUUAUUUGAAUUAAAUAAAUGAUUGUUUUAUGGA